UAUAGAAACUGGCUAUCUAUUAGAGAGUAUAAUAUUAUAGAGAGCAUUAAUACCCUUAGCUGGGCCUGGGGCGUACUAUAUUACAGCACGAACCCUGGAGGGCCUUGUAAUAAACCUAAUAGUAUAGGCAGCAGCAAACCAUACCCUAACAGCUCUUGUACAGGGAACUUCCACACCUACACUAUCGAGGUUGAUAGGAUAGAAUAUCCCGAAACGCUUAGCUGGUUUGUCGAUAGGGAGCAAUUCCACCAAGUCAACGAGACGCAAUUGCCGGAAGACGUUUGGGAGAAGACGGUGCACCGCUCUUAUUUUAUUCUCCUGAAUAUGGCUAUAGGCGGUGGCUUCCCGAACGGCGUUUUUGGUGGUCCGACGCCGACCAACAGUACUAUUUCAGGAGGCACGUACGAGAUCCGAUAUGUUGCUGUGUAUAACUCG